UUUCUUCUUUCAUCAAUUCAACCGAAAAAUAGGGGGUCAAUGGCAGACUUGUUUAAAAGCAAAGAAAACGAGUUUUAUAUAGAACUUAAAGAAGACCGUUAUUAUCUUCCUGGGGAAGAUAUCUCGGGCGAUGUUGUCCUUGACUUAAAAAAAGCAACCAAGACGCACAACAUUAAACUCACAUUAGAAGGCAUUGUUGAUAUUGGUGGUAGAGAAAUCACUCUCUUCUCAAAAUCAACUGUCAUUGCAGAAUCACCAGACGGGGAGAAGUCAUAUUACCUUGAAGCGUUUACGCACCGUUUUCCAUUCAGAAUCACAAUUCCUACUGCAAAAGAAUGCAAGGUACCAAGUACGCUUGAGAUCAACAAACUGAUCAAAGUAAGCUAUCAAUUGACUGCAGUUUACGACAAAGCUUUUAGUUUUUCAGACAUGUUCUCUCCUUCUACGUCAAUUCCUAUCAACAUGUUAGAAAACAUCAAUGUCGAGAGUGUAGAGUUUGCUGGUGAGCAGAAGUUCGAGAGAGAAUUGAUCCUCAGUGGCGAAACAAGGCCAGUUAAAGUACUGACUAUAGUUGGAAAACGUGCUGCUGUAAAAGGGGACAUUAUUCCCAUAUCGAUUGAAAUUGAGCAUAUUGGCGUUAUCGUGAGAGACAAGGCUAUUCGUGUGCAAUUGCUGCGAUCAGUUUAUUAUGGGAAAAACAAUUCUGAAUUAUUUGGGCCUAAACUUAUUCGUGAAGGAACUGCAAACAUUGACAUUUCAGGACCCACAUGCUUCACAAAAACAUUUGUCUUAAAAAUGCCAAUUCCUCAUCAUAUUUGUCCAUCUGUCGAUAAAUCAGGUCAAUCAUUCAAAAUUGAGUACAUGUUACGUAUCUCGGUCAAUUUAAACGAGGAGAACCCAUUACGCCCUGAAUCAGACGGUGAUAUUGUGAUUUUCAAUGUACCAUUCACUAUUGGUACUUAUCCUAAACUUGCCUUUAAUAUUGAUGACGAUGAAGAAGAUGAAGAGAAUAGACCAGCUGUGGAAGAAGAAGCUGAUCAAAAAGAUCAAGACUCAAUGCAUUCCGAGGAAUACAACCAGAUUGCGGAGAAAAUGAAAGAUUUAGAUUUGGAGGAACACAAUCCCCCUGAAAUGGUGCAACAAUCAAAAGAGAGUGAACCUUCACACCAAGAUUCCAUUGAACAUAUUGACCCUUUAUUGUCGAUAAACAAACCUGAGAUUCCUAGCAAUAAGCCUAGUCCAUCGCCUUCUAUGGCAGAAAUAAUAACACCACCAUUAGACAUGAUUGCCAACAGUCAUUCACUCUCUCCUAAUUCUCCUGCAACAUCCAUUUCACAUUCUCCAACUAGUCCAAAGAUAAGAAUGACACCCUCUGAAGUCUACAGCGACUGCCAGCCUACUUCACCUUCUAACACUACUCAUCCCAAUUCAGACAAGCUAGGCAAAAGAGACUCUGUUCGUUGGAUUGUACGAAAUCAGGAUGACUCUUAUACUCCACCGCAAGCCUCACCUACUUUUCAAGAUAAACUUGUUAGUCCGGUCAUUGGUUUUGCCAUGCCUACACCUUCCAUAAGUCAGUCUACUGCUCAUGUUCCUACUAAUCCUCCCCCGAUUCCCCAAAGACCAUCUCCACCAAGCCCACUUCUACAAGGUCUAUCUCCUUCUUCAUCUUACCAACAGCCAACUUCUCCUUACCAACGACCCUCCUCACCCUAUUCGCACUCGUCUACGCCUUAUUCACAACCAACUUCACCAUAUCCACAACCAACUUCGCCAUAUCCACAACCAUCUACACCCUACCAACAACCAUCUUCAUCCUACCAACAAUCACCUCCUUCUCACCCACUCCAUUAUAGCAAAGUAUUCGCGCCACAUCAGUUUCCUCCAUAUAUUGAUGACCAGAGCAACAAUUACAAUCACCAUCCACAAUAUGAUAGCCAUAUGCAUCCACGUCCACCACCCUCUCCACACAAUUUCCAUCAUGAUGGCCCUUAUAGAAAACAUCCAUUACAACCAGAACCACAUUUUUACCAUCAAGCCAAUAGUAGCCAUAGCAGUCAAAUUGGAUUCCCCAUGCCUCAACAAUCAAACAGCGAAGGAUUUAUAAGCAUGCCAUCUUAUAAAGACUACUAUCCCAAUUAGAAAAAUAGAAAGCCAGAACUAGAUACGUUUGACAUCAUUUUUACAUGUACAGUGAAGCUGGGAAAUAUUGGUUAAUUUAGAAAUUUAAAUAAAAAAAGAGUAUUGGUGAAAAACUGAAAAA